CGGACGCUCGGGGGACCCCACCGCGCGGACCGAAGUGGCCACCCCCGCUGGGUGUGCGGACGUAGGGUCUGCCUGCGCGCGCGGCGGGAGCAACUCGGAGCGAGGCGCCGUCGCCUCCCCGCCGGGCCAUGGGCUGGCGGGCCCAGGGCGCCGGGCCCUGCGGCUGCUUGCGCCCCUAGCCGGCUGCCUCGUUCCCGCGCGCGGCUCGGCCUCGCAUCCUUCUCCGCCUGGACGGCGCCGGGGAGCGAAGCGCUGCGCUGCGGUCUCCGGGAUGUGCCCGUCUGAGAUGGGGACGCUGUGGCACCACUGGCCCCCCGUGCUCAUCAGCCUGGCCGCCCUGUUCUCCAAAGGACUCUUGCAGCCAAAUUUGCUAUUUAUAAGUGAAGGAACUUCAGAGACAGAUCUGUGACCGAAAGCCGCGGGAUCCUCGAGAGCAUCCAGAGGUUCUCCUUGCUGCCCACCUACCUCCCUGUGACCUACCACAUCAAUAACGCCGACGUGUCCUUCUUCUUGAAGGAGGCCAACCAAGACAUCAUGAGGAACUCCAGCCUGCAGUCCCGCGUGGAAUCCUUCCUCAUCUACAGGGCCAGGCGGCCGCCCGUGCUCAACGCCAGCUACGGCCCUUUCUCCAUUGAGCAGGUGGUGCCCCAGGACCUGCUGCUGCCCUCCAGCCCAUUUGGAUUCUCAAGCAAGUUCUCUCUGAACUGGAAGCUGAAGGCCCACAUCCUGCGGGACAAGAUCUACCCGAGCCAGCCAUCGGUGCAGGUCCUGUUCCACGUGGUGGGCAGAGGCUGGGACGAGCCGGGUGCUGAGGAGCGGCUGCCCUGCCUGCGGGUGUUUGCUUUCCGGGAGACCCGAGAGGUGAGGGGCAGCUGCCGGCUGGCGGGGGGCCUGGGGCUGUGCGUUGCGGAGCUGGAGCUCCUGGCCGGCUGGUUCAGCGCCCCCACGGUGGUGGCCGGGAGGAAGAGGUCAGGAGAACCACCCGAGGGCAGCCCUGUCGAGCUCUAUUACACCGUGCAGCCCGGGGACGGGCGAGGGGACUGUGCCAGGGAGGCCCCCAGGAGCGGCAAUGGUGUCCGCUCAGGCCACAAUGACAUUGACGAGUCAGGGCCGCCCCUGCAGAGGAUUGGGAGCAUCUUUCUCUAUCAGACGCCCAGCCAGCCUCCCCUGCGAGAGCUGCAGCUGGACAGCAAUGUGGCCAUCCGGUAUGUGCCCGGGGCCGUGCGCCGUGGGGCUUUGCUCACCUUCCCUGUGGCCAUCUCCAGGAACUCCACCCAAGACCGCUUCACGCUGAGGGCAAAGGUGAAGAAAGGCGUGAACAUCGUUGGUGUGAGAGCCAGCAGCCCUUCUGUUUGGGAGGUCAAGGACAGCACGGAUCAUACUGGGAAAUACGCACCCGCUGUUAUUGUUUGUCAGAAGAAAUCUGCUGGCUUGGAAAACAGUGCCCACGGCGCCUUCUAUGAAGUCAUGCAGAUCGACGUGGAAGUGGAGGAGCCCAGCGAUCCACCGGCCACACAGCUUGUCACGUGGCAAGUGGAAUAUCCAGGGGACAUCACAUCUGACUUGGGCAUAUCUAAGAUCUACGUGAGCCAAAAGGACGUGAUUGGCAUCGUGCCACUGGCCAUGGAGGCGGAGAUCCUGAACACAGCCAUCCUCACAGGGAAGGCGGUGGUGGUCCCAGUAAAGGUGGUCUCUGUGGAGGAGGAUGGCACCGUGACAGACCUGCUGAAGGCCGUGGAGUGCCGGUCAUCUGAUGAAGACGUGAUUAAGGUGUCUGACAGGUGCGACUACGUGUUUGUCAAUGGGAAGGAGAUGAAGGGCAGGGUGAAUGUGGCGGUGAACUUCACCUACCAGCACCUGAGCCGAGCUCUAGAGAUGACGGUGUGGGUGCCCUGGCUGCCGCUGCAGAUCGAGGUCUCAGACACUGAGCUCAACCAGGUCAAGGGCUGGAGAGUGCCCAUCGUCUCCAAUAAGAGGCCAGCCCGGGACAGCGAGGAGGAGGAGGAUGAGGACAGGCGGGGCAGAGGCUGCACCCUGCAGUACCAGCACGCCAUGGUGCGGGUCCUGACACAGUUUGUGGCCGAGGCAGCUGACCCUGGGGGGCACCUGGCCCACCUGCUGGGCUCAGACUGGCAGGUGGACAUCACGGAGCUGGUCAAUGACUUCAUGCAGGUGGAGGAGCCCCGGAUCGCCAAGCUGCAAGGCGGGCAAGUCCUGAGCGGCCAGGAGCUUGGCAUGACCACCAUUCAGGUCCUGUCACCUCUGUCAGAUGCCAUCUUGGCCGAAAAGACCGUCACUGUGCUGGACGAGAAGGUUACAAUCACAGACCUUGGAGUCCAGCUGGUGACAGGGCUGUCACUCUCCUUGCAGCUCAGCCCAGGAAGCAACAGAGCCAUCUUUGCCACCGCGGUAGCUCAAGAACUUCUGCAAAGGCCCAAACAGGAGGCAGCCAUCAGCUGCUGGGUGCAGUUCAGCGACGGCUCCAUCACACCCUUAGAUGUUUACGAUGGGGAAGAUUUCUCCUUGAUGGCCACAUCCCUGGACGAGAAGGUGGUCUCCAUCCGCCAAGACCCCAAAUUCAAGUGGCCUGUAAUCACUGCUGAAACUGAAGGGCAGGGCGCUCUGGUGAAGGUUGAAAUGGUUAUCAGUGAAUCUUGCCAGAAAUCUAAGCGGAAGAGUGUGCUAGCCAUGGGGACAGCUAACAUCAAAGUUAAGUUUGGCCAAAACGAUGCUAACUCCAACACCAGUGACAGCAGGCACACCAGGGCCAGAGUCCACCUAGAAAAUAAUGUUGGUGACAGAGGACCCAAAAAACCCUUGCCAGAAUGGGGGACUCAAGAGGGGCAGUACUACGGCAGCUCCUCCAUGGGAUUCAUGGAAGGAAGAGGCUUCACGACUGAGAGGUCAACCUUCCAGAAGAACAGCCAGGAAAGCCUUUCAGAUGAGCACAGCCACUCGCAGACCAUCCCCCUUGACCUCUCUACUUUCCCAGCCCAGGGGGACCUGCCCAGAAGCAGUGAUGAAAUGGAUGAGGAUGACCUCACCCAGGCAUCCAAAGGGCUGAGUGACUUGGAGAUUGGGAUGUACGCCCUGUUGGGCGUCUUCUGCCUGGCCAUUUUGGUCUUCCUGAUAAACUGUGUGACCUUUGCCUUGAAGUACAGGCACAAACAGGUUCCCUUAGAAGAACAGGAAGGCAUGAGUCACUCCCACGACUGGGUUGGGUUGAGCCACCAGACAGAGCUGCUGGAGAAUCACAUUAACUUUGCAUCCUCCCAAGAAGAGCAGAUCACCGCCAUCGACAGGCAUGUGGACUUAGAGGAGAGUAAGUACCUCCUCAGCACAGACUCCCAAAAGGACAUCAAUGGGCAGCUGUUCAAAUCUUCAGGACCCUCUGUCGCUGAUGGGAAAGAUCAGAAAGGUGAGCCCCCCACAUCCCCUACCUCAAAGAGGAAAAGGGUGAAAUUUACCACCUUCACCACCAUCUCCGUGGACGAGGGGUUCCCCACAGGGAACUCAGCAGCAGCAAGUCAUGAGGGUGCCAUGCACUGGGCAUGCCAGACCCCGGACCGUGGCGAAUGCCAAGAGCUGUACAGCUACAUGGAAAGGCUCCAUGAAGAUGUGUAAGCCAGACACCAAGACACUGGCUCUCACUCACCUUUCGGCCUUUAAUUUGGGGACGUGUGGCAAUGGUGUCCCUGGUGGAGGAAUGACAGGACAGGAUAAGGAUGAUGCUAUCAACAGAGUCCCCAAAAAUGACCCUGGCCCGGCCAGGGAGGCCCCGUCAGAAUCGAUGCCCCCGUGCUGGCAUACAAUGGCUUGGUCCAUGUUCAGAGGUCCAUCGUGCAUGGCACGGUUUCUAGAACUUGGAAGAAAAUGAGUUCUGAAUCCCUAGCCUUGGAGAAUUUUAAGGAAAAGACAAUCCUCUCUCUCCACCUCUCUCUUCAAUCAAAGCAAUUUGGAUAAAGCCCACAUGGUCCCAACAUUCAAUACUGCAGAUGAGGGCAGAGAAGGGAGGGGCUCAGACCGAGCACUCGUGGAUUGGUGGGAGAAAGUGUGUCCUGGAAUCAGAGCAGCGCCCGACUGCGAGCGUGAUGUUGGCAGAGUGGUGCUACCUCAGCCUGAGGAGGCUCCUGUGCGUGUUAUUACUGCCCAAGAAGGGGUCGCCGCAGGCCCAGGUGUGAACAGCCCAGGGCCAUUGCAGCCUGAAAGAGGAGUGGCACUAGGCCACAGAUACCUUUGGAGUUGGAUGCCAGGAACAAACGAACAAAGGCCUCUGCGCCAUGCAGAGCACACUGUUAUUUGCCAACUCAGAGUAUGGGCAUGGCAUGCAGUCAGGUUUCAAGAACUGGCUCAUUCUGGCAAGUUUACUAUGUUGUCAUGUGUGCCCCUCUACCAUGUCCCUGCCCUCUGAAGGGCCUUGGGCCCCUGUGAGCCGUGGGUCUCACUCCUGGGUCUUUCCUUCUCCACGUGAUCUGGCAUCUGCAGAGAAGCCCCACUGCAUGUCCUUCGGACAGGCUGGUCUUUGAGGGGCAGGAGGCCUCACAAUGAGUCUAACAGCCAGUGACAUCCUGGGAUGACAAGAGGACUGUUUUGGGACAUCUGUGGACAGCCACAUCAGGGCUCUGGCCCAGGGCUGCAGAGACAAAUGUGGUUGUCUGCAGGGAGGGCAUGGGGUGAGGAGGGCCGGCCCCUGGGCACACUCAGAGGUGUGCCAGGUAGGAAGCCGGCAGAGUGGAAGGCUCCCCCUUCAGAGAGGUGCAGAGAGAAAGGGUGGCUGUGUCAGCGUUUGGGUCCCAAGUCAGUCCCAGAAAGUUUCACGUUGCCUGACACCAGAAUGACUCUUUUAAGUGUCUCUAAAAUCCCAGAGAUGCAAAGAUCACUGGAAUGGAGGUGAGGGGCGGGGAGGGCUCCAAUCCCAGCCCGCUCCUGCUCCCGGGCUCAGAGUGGCGCCACCCUGGGGCCACGGGGAGGAAGAAGCAGCACCCGGAGGCCCUGUGUCCCAUCCUUUCCCUGCUCUUUGGUUCUUCUCCAGUUUCUUUGUCUCUCUGAACCCAUUUCGCUGCUCCCUCUGCCUCUCUUUGCCCCUGUCUCCCUCACCCACUCUGUCUCUCUCUCUGCAUAGAUUUGAGUCCUCCUUACACUGCGUGUAAACCGCACUGGCUGACCCUGCCCACCGGGCACGUGCCCUCUACUGAGGGGCUAUCCGUUGCUCUAAGAUGGGAUUCCAGCAGCCAAAAGCCACCUGCUCUUGUCCCCAAGUUUACUUACCUUGUCUGCUUGGCGAUUAAACUAUCACCCGUUUUCAAUGCUAAUCCUUUGCUCUCUGUGGCCUCUUCAUUUUUCUAGCCAUUUUUACCACGUGAUGAUCCAUUUCACCCGGCAGCCACUGCCCACUCUCAAAUCCACCUAGUACAGAAUGGAUUGUCGAGGGUAAGAAUGUAAUAUAUAUUUAUAAACUUACCGACUGUAAAUAUAAAGUUUGCAUUCAGUGGCUUUAUGGCUGUCCUUUGUCUCUCUACACACUGACCCCCUUCAGGGGAUUGGUGUCAAUUGCAAAUGACUCUCCAAGCACUGUGGCUUUUGGUAAAUGAAAAUGCAGCUUAAGGAUCCCAGCACAAUCCAAUUACACUCUUACAUGGUGUAAUGCUGCUCUCUCCAUUGAGGCAAUGUUGACACAUGAUGACAAAGUGCAUUGUGUACUAAGUAUCUCUCCUUCAGGACCUGAAAGGAUUUGCAAAUAAAUCACAUGUGCAAUUCUCUGCUAAAAGCCUGCUGACUGAUGGUGGUAAGUGAGAACCAUGGCAGGCGAGCAUAUCUCCUAGCCUCCUGUUGGACGGGAGCCAGGAAAAUUGCUCUGUCCUCUCUCUGGAUCUCACAUGUGCAUUCAGGUGUCAGCUUCCUAAGGCAUGCCCGUGGUGACUCCCAUUCAACACCACUGAACUUUAGAUUCCUCUAAUAAUCAAAUGCAGCCCAAAGACGAUGCCACAGGAAAAGAAAGUGCAUGGAAUCCUUGCAUUCAUGCAAACAGUAUCAAGGGAUGGAUCACUCCCUUAUUCAGCUGGUGUUUAUUGAGCACCCACUAUGUGUUAGGAGCUACUGAAAGCGCUGGAGAUACAGCAGUAAACAAGACCGGCCCAGGUCUACUCUAAGGACCUUACCUCUAGUGGGGGUGGAGGAGAUGAAAACAAACAAAAUAAUGUCCAGAUGUUAUAACUUGUGUAAAGGAUGCUGCAACAGAUGACAGGAUAGACAAAGAUUGAGUCAACAUUUAACACUUUGGCCAUAUCAUCUGAAAAUCUGGAUUUCUGUCUUCUCUCGAAAAUUCAGACACUGGCAAAAGGGGGCUUAUGCCACCCAGCUUGGCCCUAAUCAGACACCCUGGUCUUGCUGCUCUUGCCUGCAGCCUUGACGCGAGGUCCCUGCACACCCAGAGGGCCUCCCGACCCCGUUGCCCUUGGUCUCGCCACUUUUCUUAGUAGGGAACUUUUUCUCCCCGGUAACGUCUACAUUCAAAAGUGUGGAAAACAAAUGUAGGCCAAGGGAACUGAGUGCUCUCUAGACAGUUAGGAGCAAAGUACGUUGCUCUAUGGAAGCGAGAAUAUGCCUGUGUGUCUGCUAGGAAGUUAAGAAUGUCGCCUAAAGAACACCACUUAGUAUGGCACUGUCGUACAACCCGUAACAUGACCUGUGUGCCCAGAAAAGGAAAUGAGACGAGUCUUAACCAACGGAUAUCUCAACCGGUGUCUCUUUCAUGUGAAUAAAGUGCUGUUGCUUGGUUUCUCUUGCACCCAGCCUGCAGCAUGGUUUCUGACCACAGUACCCUGGGGCAGGGAGCUCGCUGCCUGCCCAGGGUCACCACCCCUGCCAGCAGAGACCAUGGCUUCUCACGGUGCCCCAGAGGGAAGUGGACUACCAAUGCAGCCCCACCAGCUGCAUCAGGGUGCUGGGCUGCCUACCGAAAU